AUGCCCGAGCGUCGCGUGGCUCGCAUCGAUGAGAAGCUUGCGCAAAAGCAGGAUGGUAUUCUCUGGUCGCUCGAGUUUUUCCCCCCCAAGACCAGCGAUGGUAUGGCGAACUUGUACGCGCGUAUUGAGCGCAUGACUGCGAAACUGCAUCCCGGCUGGGUGCACGUAACCUGGGGCUCGGGCGGCUCCACACGCGACAUCUCCUUGGAGCUUGCCGUGCGUGUCCAAAACGGCUUCUUUGACCCCUCGAUGAACUGGCGCGCUGAGCUGGACAAUAGCGGUCCGCGCACGGGCGGCUGUGACGUGUGUCUUCACAUGACGUGCACGGAUGUGGAGCGCAGUUUUCUGGACACGGCCUUGGCGGAUGCAAAGCGCUACGGCAUUUGCAAUAUCCUCGCGCUGCGUGGGGACCCGCCGCGUGGCGAGGAAUCCUGGAUUGCGACCGACCAGCAAUUCCAGACAUCGAUCGAUCUUGUCAAGUACGUUCGCAAGCAGCACGGUGAUGCGUUUUGUAUCGGCGUCGCUGGCUAUCCCGAAGGGCUGUCUGGCCACACGCCAGAGGAUGUUGCGCGCGAUAUCGGUUUCCUGAAACAGAAGCAAGACGCUGGUGCACAAUUUAUCGUGACGCAGUUUUUCUACGAGCCGGAAAAGUUUCAUACCUGGCACGCGCGCUGUCGCGCACACGGCAUUACGAUUCCCAUUAUUCCCGGCGUGAUGCCCAUCCAAAACUACCACAGUUUCCGGCGUAUGACAAACUUAUGUCGCCUGCAAGUGCCUACACCGCUGCUCGAGGCGCUAGAGCCGAUCAAGACGGACGAUGCGAGCGUCAAGGAUGUCGGCGUGCAGGUAGCGCACACGAUUGUGGAUCAAGUGCACAAGCAGGACCAAAUAGCCGCGUUUCACCUCUACACGCUCAAUCUGGAAAAAAGCGUCACGCGCGUCAUUACCGGGGCCAAAGCGGGCGCCGGAGAGUUGCGCGCUGAAAAAGGCGCGCUUGUGCGAUCGCCGGCUGACUGGGAAUGGGAUGAGUUUCCCAAUGGUCGAUACGGAGAUUCGCGCAGUCCUGCGUUCGGUGAGCUUGAUGGCUAUGGCGCAAGCCUCAAAGUGCCGCCGGAAGAGGCGAUGCGCCUUUGGGGCACGCCUGUAGACGAGUCCGAUAUCCGCCGCAUCUUUACCAACUACGUAAAAGGCAGUCUUGCGUGCAUUCCAUGGUGCGAUGUGCCUGUGUGGGACGAGACUGCGCCGCUACUUCCUGCACUCACGCGUUUGAACGACGGAAAAGGAUGGUGGACUGUGGGAUCGCAGCCCGCAGUGAACGGAAUCGAUAGCAGCGAUCCCACCUAUGGCUUCGGCCCCAAAAACGGCUUCAUUUUCCAAAAAUCGUUUGUGGAGAUGUUCAUGUCGGAAAAAGACAAGCGUGCCUUGGUCGAAAGGAUUGGACAGAGCGAAACGCCCAUCACUUUUUAUGCUGCUAUGCACGAUCCCGCAUCCUUCGAGACAAACGUAGGAGAACACGGGCUCAAUGCGGUGACGUGGGGUGUUUUCCCGGGAAAAGAGGUUGCCCAAUCGACCAUCAUUGAGGCGCAGUCAUUCAUGGCGUGGCGCGACGAGGCGUUUGCGAUUUGGCGUGAAUGGGAACUGCUCUUUCCGCCGCGAAGCGCCUCGCGAAAAUUUUUGCGUGCGAUCCAUGAUACGUAUUGGCUGGUGACGGUCGUGCAUCACGACUACAAGGAUGCAGAUGGAUUAUGGAGGUUUUUGACGCAAGCAUAG